AUGGCCGCUUCGCUAGACUUUCACACAGUCGUGGACCAUGUCAGGUCCGGCCAGGACAUCAGAGUCGUCACGGAGGAGCUUCUCCAGCAGCUUACGGACCAGGAGAAGUUGGACAUGCUGCACGGGGACCCCCCGUUCUGGAAGGGCAUUCUCGACCUCUACUCGAACGAAUACGGCAAGAAGCCUUACGUCCACGGCUGCAUCGAAAGGCUGAACAUCCCCGGUGUCCGGUACUGCGACGGGCCGCGGGGCGUAAACAUCCAGAAGGCCACCGCCUUCCCGUGCAAUAUGGCCCGCGGGGCGACGUGGGACCCCUUGCUGGAGGAGAAGGUCGCGGCGGCCAUCGGGCUCGAGGCCCGCGCGUACGGGGCCAACACGGUCGGGUCCGUCUGCAUCAACCUGCCGCGCCACCCGGCAUGGGGCCGCGUCCAGGAGACGUACGGCGAGGACCCGCUGCUCCUCGGCGAGUUUGGCGCCGCCGGGGUCCGGGGCCUGCAGCGCAACGUCAUGGCGUGCGUCAAGCAUUUUGCUCUUAACUCGAUGGAGACGAGCCGCUUCCGCGUCGACGUGCGCAUCGCCGACGACGCCCUGCACGAGGUCUUCCUGCCGCACUUCCGCCGCUGUGCCGUCGACGCCGGCGCGUACUCGGUCAUGACGGCCUACAACUCGGUCAACGGCGAGUGGGCCGGCGAGUCCGGGUCCCUCAUCCGUGGCGUCCUGAGGGAGCAGUGGGGAUACGAGGGCGUCACUAUCAGCGACUGGCUGUUUGGCGUCCGGGAUGGCGUCAAAUCCGUCAAGGCCGACCUGGACAUCGAGGCUCCCUUCCGGAACCGCCGCCUCGCCGCACUGCGACCCGCCCUCGACUCGGGGGAGCUACGGUGGCACGAGAUAGAUCGCAUCGCCAGCCGCAUCCUGCGGAACCAGAUCAGCUUCUACGCCUCCCGCAACACCCCCGAGCCGACCCACGAUGUCGUGUUCUGUGCGGAGCACCGGAGACUUGCCCGCGAGGUGGCCACGCGCGCUAUCGUCCUUCUCAAGAAUGACAGGGCGGACGAUGACCAGCCUCUACUUCCGCUCCCCUCGGAUCUGCGCAGCUGCGCCGUAAUCGGGCGACACGCAGACUCUCCGCUCACCGGUGAUAGGGCAUCCUCGUGGGUGGAUUGUCCAGAGAUCGUGACCCCUUAUCAAGGCAUCGCCCGCAAGCUGCCCAACACCACGAUCAACCUCUCAGCUUCUGACGACAUAGAGGCCGCUGUGGCCGCCGCGAAAAGUUCCUGUGUCGCUAUCCUCGUUGUCGGUUAUGACGGCGUCGAUGAGGGAGAGUUCCUUAAGCCUACAGCUGCGCACGACCCCGAGGCCGUGGGCCUGCUCCCCAAGCCAGACGGCUCUCCCGAAUCCGAGAUCGUGCAGAAAGCCCGCGCCCGCGCCGCCGCAGCCGGGACCACCGCCGUGGCCAACGCAACGGUCAGCGGCCAGGGGCGUCCCGAGAACGACCUGGCGAGCAGGCCAGCCGGGGGAGACCGCAAGAGCGUCCGCCUGCGCGCAGAGGACGUCCGUCUCAUCCGCGCCGUGUCGGCCGCCAACCCGCGCACCGUGGUUACCAUCAUCACCGCCGGGGCCGUCAUAGCCUCCGAGUGGCUGCACCUCGUGCCGGCGCUGCUCGUCAGCUGGUACAACGGCUGCGAGGGCGGCAGCGCCCUGGCCGACGUCCUCACGGGGGCGGCCAACCCCAGCGGGCGCCUCCCCUGGAGCAUGCCGCUGGCCGAGGCCCACCUGCCGCCCUUUGAGGCCGAUGCCGACGAGGCCGUCUACGACAAGUGGUUCGGCCAGCGGAGGCUCGACAGGAUGGGCGUCCUUGCCGAGUACCCCCUCGGCUACGGCAUCUCCUACACCCGCUUCGAGCUGGACGGCGCGAGGGUGGCCAGCCCCCGCCCGAGCCCGUGUCUGGCGCUACAUAUCUCGGUGAACGUGGCCAACGCGGGCCACCGGUCGGGCUGGUGUGUCGUGCAGGUAUAUGCGCGCCCUAACCUGGGCCCUGGUCCACACGACUUCCCGGGUCGAGUCCUGGUCGGUUUCAAGGCCGAGGAAAUCGAAGCUGGGAGGGUCAGACGCGUCGACGUGGUGACAAGUCUGCAACCUCUCCGCCGGUGGAUCGACGGUCGCCUAGUGUUGGAUGCCAGUUCUGUCGACUUCGAGAUUGGGCGGUAUGCUGGGGAUCUCAAGAGCUUGAUGUGUCACUUUGAGCUCAGCAAACCCUCCAUGUAG